AUGACACAGGAAUUUAUCCAACUAUAUUAUUCAUCAUACUCUGAGCAUGCAAAAACCAAACCGGCAAAUCUCGAUCGUAUGGCUGCUUACCCUUCUACGCGAAAUGAUUCGCCCGCCAAUAGUUCUAAACAUUUCCCCACAUUAGACGAGGAAGUCAGAUUAUACACGAAUACCAUAGAUCGAGAAAAAUACGAGAACCUCGCCGACUUGUAUGCGAUCAUUGUUACAAUGGAACAUCUCGAAAAAGCCUACAUCAAGGACUCUAUUAAGCAUACAGAAAUGACUAGUUAUACUCCUGCUUGUUCGAAAUUGAUCGCACAGUACAAAACAGCCUUGAAUUUGGUAAGCGAUCAUGUACCUGAUAUUGAGAAAUUUAUGAAAGAGUACAAGCUCGGAUGUCCUGCAGCAGCCAAUAGGUUUAAGAUAGGGGUUCCGGCUACUAUAGAACAUUCGACUGGCGCUGGACAUGGAUCUGGUGCCUCGGCAAAAUAUGUGGCUGAAACUGUGACGGUGGGAUAUGCAGUCGUAAAAUUAGCCCAUUUUAUUACGUUAAUGGAUACUCUCAAACUGGAGAUGAAGGCGGUGGAUCAGAUACAUCCGGUUCUAAGUGAUUUAAUGCAAAGCCUCAACAAUGUAAGCUCUCUUCCCGCGGAUUUCGAAGGGAAGGCAAAAGUAAGGCAAUGGCUGAUAACUUUAAAUUCGAUGAAGGCGAUUGAUGAGAUCAACGAGGAGCAAGUACGGCAAUUACAAUUUGACAUGGAGAACUCGUAUAAUGCCUUCUAUCGUUCAUUAUCAAAAAGUUGA